AUGUCUAGCGCUCGUACUUUCAGGAGAGGUGUUGACCUCGUUGCCGUGAGAGCUUUCAAUACUCCCCGCGCCUCUAUCGGCUCCACACUACUGCGGAGGGAGCUAUCAUUUGGGGUGCGGCCAGCAGUACGCAGCACCAGAAUCGCCACCCCGACGUCAAUUGUGCCUGUAAAGACUCAAUCCAUUCGCUAUGCGUCCAGCAGCUCCAGUUCCGAAUUGCUACAUAAGACACAGCUAUUUGACCUACACAAGGCAUAUGACGCUAAAAUGGUACCAUUUGCCGGGUUCGCGAUGCCGCUACAGUACAAAGACCUGAGCCAUUUGGAAAGCCACAAGUGGACUCGCGAGAAGGCCAGCGUGUUCGAUGUCAGCCAUAUGGUACAACAUCACCUCAGUGGCCCCGGUGCCACAGAGCUGCUGAUGAAGGUGACACCUUCAUCACUGAAUAAGCUUGCGCUGAACACAUCCACCCUGUCUUGCCUCUUGGAAGACGGCACAGGUGGUAUAAUUGACGACACAGUCAUCACCCGUCGUGGUGAAGACACUUUCUACUUCGUGACCAACGCCGGCCGCCGCGCCGAAGACCUGGCUUUCCUAACGGCCGAGAUUGGUGCAUACCGCGCCCAGCACGGCGCAGACAGCAUCAAGUGGGAGAUCCUUGAAGAUCGCGCCCUCGUCGCUCUGCAAGGUCCACUCGCUGUCAGCACGCUCCAGCCCCUCAUCAACUCAACCAACGCCACAGCGGCCGAAACCGACCUGAACACACUAUACUUCGGCCAAUGCCGCGAAUUGCACCUGACUCUACCAGACGGCAGUAAAACAGCAUCGCCACUCCUGAUUUCUCGUACUGGUUAUACAGGCGAAGAUGGCUUCGAGAUCUCAAUCCCAACCUCCGCCUCCUCAUCCCUCCCCCAACAAGUCGUCGAUUUACUUCUCACGGACAAGGACACGGUCCGUCUAGCCGGUCUCGCAGCCCGAGACUCCCUCCGUUUAGAAGCAGGCAUGUGUCUCUACGGCCACGACAUCUCCACCGCACAGACACCACCAACCGCAGCACUGGGCUGGGUUGUCGGUCGAGACCGCCGCGACGCAGCUACAGCCACCUUUAACGGUGCUUCCGUAAUUCUGUCACAGCUCGCUAGCCCUAAGACUCUAUCCCAGCGCCGUGUUGGGCUAUCAGUUGAGAAGGGCUCUCCUGCGCGCGAGGGCGCUGUCGUCGUCGACCUUGCCGAUCCCGCCAACCCUGUCCAAGUCGGUGUUGUUACUUCAGGUCUGCCUAGCCCGACUCUUGGUGGUGCUAAUAUCUCUAUGGCUUAUGUUAAAAAUGGCUUGCAUAAGAAGGGCACUGAGUUAGGUGUCUUGGUCCGUAAUAAGGUGCGCAAGGCUACUGUUACCGGUAUGCCUUGGGUUGAGAGCAAGUUCCACCGUCCUUCAUAA